AUGAUAAAAUGUAUACACUUUAUCGGUCAGUCACAGAUCACAGUGAACUCGAGUUGAUUUGUGAAGUUGAUUCUGUGUUAAUUGAAACCAAAUGGACCUGGUCUUCACCUUUAAAAACUCAAGAUAAAGAAAUAGCUUCCAGUUACAAAUCGAAGCCUGUCAACAUAAACAACACCUGCUUUGGGAGUCGACUGGUCCGCCCAGUGACCAGUUUCACUGACAGGUUUUUCAGUAUGCGGAUUGUGCCUGUCCAGUUUGAAGAUGCUGGAGUUUACAGAUGCUCUCAGGGAUCAGAUAAACAUUUGACCAUUAACCUGGUCACAGUUAAAGCGGAACUCUCUGAUGAAGAGACUGAGGGAGAUUCCGUUCCCCUGACCUGCUCUGUCUCUCAUGUCACUGAAUCAAUGAGACUUGUUUGGAUCAAUAGUGAUGGUAAAAUUGUUGCAGAGAAAACAUUCAAGGAACAGAAGCAGAAAGAGGAUAAUUUACAGCUGAUUAUUCAGAAAUUUGAUAGAGACAGAAUGAACUGGACAUGUAUUUUGUUUCAUCAAAACACCCCCAAAGUUUUAAUUCCUUAUUAUCUGAAGUUUACCAAACCUUAUACUGUUCAACCUACUGAUGCCAUUGUAUUUGGGAGUCUGGCUCUUCUCAUCAUUAUCCUGGUAAUAAUACUGACCCUGAGAAGGUGCAGGAGAGCAGGUAAACAAGGUUCGGAAAGUCAAAGAUCGAAACCCGUGCAACGAAGGGAAAAUAGAGAAGAUGCAUUUCAACUUUAUUCAAAUAUUAAUGAAAUUCAGCAAAUGCAAGCAGAUACCGAGUCACCUGUGCUUGAAACAAGCAGUUUUCCUGAAUAUGCAAUUGUCAAUAGAAAGGCAAAAGCCAACAACGCAGAAAGAGAAGAUAUUCAUUAUGGAUCCAUCAAUUUUCAUAAAACUGCAACAGGAAGCAAACAGGGAACAGAGAGAACACAGAGAAACAAACAACCUUCAGUAGUUGAACUGGGUGCUUCAAACGAAAAUGAUUCCUCUAUUUACGCACAAAUAGCGCAAGUGCGAGAUCAAUAAUCUUCAGCUUGGACUUAGAUUUGUAAAAUAGAACAUUUCUUUCUGGGAACUGAUUUUAUUACUUCUGAGUAGAAUGAAGCUUUCUUUCUGUGUACCUACUCUAAUUUUACACAAUCAUCAUAUCACAGAUUUUAAUCAUUAAAAUUGCUUGCAAUAGAAAUCAUUCAUUAUUAUCUAUUUUCACCUCAAUGUUAACAGCUCAAGCACAUGACAGGCAGGGAAAGCUUUGUUACAAAAAGAAAUAAAAAAUAAUUUAAAGAAAUA